AUGAUGUUAAUAAAUUACUUUUUAAAACGAACUUAUCGUACAAAUGUGAAUACAAUUCAAUGGAACAAAACUAUACGAAAUCAUCAAUUAAAUGGAAAUUACCAACAAGCUUUAAAAUUAUUUCAAAUAGGUAUUGAAAAAAAAACUUUUCAACCAAAUUCUGUAACUUAUUUAACAAUGCUUGAUAUAUGUAAAGAAUUAAAAUCUUUAUCAACCUUACGUACAAUUCAUCAUUUAAUUGAUUCAUCAAAAAAUCUUAACAACAACAAUAAUAAUAAUGAUGAUGAUGAUAUUUAUAAUAAUCCACGUAUACGAUCAUUAUUAAUGGAUGUUUAUAUUAAAUGUCAAGAUCUUGAUAGUGCUUGUCGUGUAUUUCAAUCUAUGAAUGAACGUAAUAUAAUUGAUUAUUGUGGUUUAAUGACUGGUUUUAAUAAUCAAGGACAAUAUGACAAAACAUAUGAACUUGGAAAACAAAUUCCAUCGUCAAUGAAAUAUUCAUCACCCCUUCUUUGCACACUUAUAUUACAAGCAUGUACUGAAUUAAAACGAUAUGAUGAUGGUUAUAAAAUUCAUCAAAAUGGAAGACAUUUUCUUCCAGGCAAUAAAAUGUUUAUGAAUGAAUUACUUAAUUUUUAUUUAAGAUUUAAUCAAGAAAAACAAGCAUUAGAUAUUUUCGAAAACAAUUCAAAUCAACAAACAAUUAUUGAUUAUAGUUUAUUAAUGAAAUAUUAUAAUCAUCAAUAUCAACCACAAAAAACAAUUGAUUUAUAUUAUCAUUUAAAAAAAAAUUCACAUAUUCAAAUGGAUCAUAUUAUUUAUGUACUUGUUUUACAAGCAAUAGCUAAUGGAUGUUGUUUACAUACAAGUAAACAAAUUCAUGAUCAUAUUAAUAGAUUUGGUACAAAUAUUGAUAUUGAUAAUGCACUUAUCAACAUGUACGGUAAUUGA